CGUGGUUGGUUCCUCUCUGCUAGUAUGCAUUGCUUCAAAAGUUCUUCGAAAAAGAAUAGAUCCAAGAUUGAACGGCGGUUCAGAGAAACUUCGGCCAUUAUUUACUAACAAGCAGUGAGAGCAAAUAAAAGUGCUUUUGACGUAACGAAACGAAAAGCAGAUAUGACAACUUCAAAGGAAUUAAAUUUAGCUAGGAAGAGCCUUGUAGCGUCGCUUGGUGACAACGCAAAAGUGUAUUUUGAGAAAAUGAAGCUGUGGUUUCAAAUGAAGACCACAAAGGAAGAAUUUGAUUACGAAGCACGUAAUAUCAUGACAGAGGAUCAAGUUCGUCUACAUAAUGAAUUCCUGUUGUGUCUCUUUAAUAAAGUUCGUGGAUUAGCGGCUGCUGCACCAACUUAUAAGAUAGAUAGAGAUAAAAAUCUGAAGGAGAGAAGACUGAGAUUAAAACGUAAAUACAAGACUGACAAAUCAAAUUUUGAGCCAGCUGAUAUGUAUGUGGAAGUAUUAAGUCAAACUUCAUCACCUGUCAGAGAUGAGCCAAUAGGCGCCAAUCGCUCCAGUGCUCAGGAACUUGUAUUGCCAGACCGAACUUUUGUAUUAGCUCGAUUAAUGCUUGCUGCUUGGGAAAAUAAUAUGGAUGGAGCUGAAGACAAUACAGCACAUAUUGUUAUAGCAGCAACACAAAUUUUCCUGAAAAACAUACUGACUGCAAUCUUUACACGAAGAAAAGGAUACGCCACCCGGGAUGGUUCUUUUAUUUAUAACAUUGGAGAACCAGUGCCUAGUUCAUGGAAAAAGAACUCCAUGUACUUACAUCCACUCCACUGUGGGCCAACAGAGGUAUUGGAACCUCACGGCCACGUUCCAGCGUUAAAACCGACUAUUGAAGAAGCGGAACAAGCCACUGCUUUUGCACACGCAUGUUCGACGCAAAUACCUUCUCCGCCGUUGAAGCCAGUUAGCACGGCUGAUUUGCGACAUACGUUAAAGAUUUAUAAAAAUCUUGUAAGUAACCACACUAUAUAUGCUACCAAUAUGGAACGACUGUACACGUAUGCCACUCAUCCAUCGUGGGAGGAUUUGGAGGUGAAGAAAAUGUUAUGUCAGCCGUCAACAUAAAAAUCCACGCGUGCGUCUUACCGG